UAGUUCAGAUAUGGCUCUAAAAAGAGACAUGAAAAGGGAUCACGACGAUGAGGAAAUAGAUUGGAAACGACAGAGAAGUAGUGCCUUCAACAACUAUUUCACGCCUUACCCCGAAGUCUCCGAUGAUGCUAUCCCUGCGCUGAACAACUUCAACCAUCACUACACAUCAUCAGACAAUGCAAUACCAAUACCGAUGACGUCUCAUGGUUCAUUGGUGUCACCAGGGUUUCCACACAGUUCAGCGAUGCCUGAAACUUCUCAUAAUCAGGCCAACAAUCAAUACAGCUCCUUCGCCCAAAGUUUGAUGAGCAAAAUGGGUUACCAAGAGGGCAAGGGUUUAGGAAGGGACAAGCAGGGGAUAUCUGCACCUAUUGAAGCAGAAGUGCAGAUUGACAAGAAGGGUCUGGGGUUCAAUCGUGGAGAGUUGAAAACCAACUUCGGAGCAUCGUUUGAAGAGGAGGAGAUUUACUGGGAUAAAAAGGUCGAGUGGCUGACUACCUACGAAGGUGAGAUGCCGAACGACGAAACCUUGAAUGACUGGAUGGACUUCGGAGACAAGAAAACGAGUUUGGACGAUGAAGAUCUCUUCACGGAGGGAGAUCUGCUCCUGAAGAUGCUGCAGCUGAAAACUCAGUUUGACUCUCUAGAUGGGAAGCAACUGAUGAAAGCGAGGAGUAGGGCAAAUCCCUAUGAGCAGCUGAAGUGUGCUAUAUUUCAGAACAGGGCGGCUCUGAAGAUGGCCGAUAUGGAUUACGCAACUGGGUUCAUUUUUUCGGAUCCAAAAACGUCUGCUGGAGAAUCGAGGCUAUCUGCAGACCAACCAGAACUGCUUCUGUUUGCCGAUAUUUGUGCGGGACCCGGAGGCUUCACAGAAUAUCUGACAUGGAGACGCGGGUGGCGCUGCAAAGGCUGGGGACUGACGCUUAAGAGUCCAGAGAAUGCCAGUGAUUUUAGGCUGGACAAAUUUCUGGCCGGGUCCUCGGAAAGCUUCGAGCCUUACUAUGGCGUGGACGGAGCAAAUGGUGAUGGAGAUAUUCUGAAAACAGAAAAUAUUGAUGCGUUCAGAACUUAUGUGUUGGAGCAUUCGCAACCGGAGGGUGGUGUUCAUACCGUAAUGGCCGACGGAGGAUUUUCAGUGGAAGGCCAGGAAAACAUCCAGGAGAUCCUCAGCAAACACCUUAUCAUGUGUCAGAUCCUGACUGCACUGAGCAUCUUGUGCAAGGGAGGAAACUUCACCUGCAAGCUGUUCGACUGUUUCACUCUGUUCACUUCUGGUUUGGUGUACUUGUGUCACAUGUGCUUCGAAUCAGUUGGCAUAUAUAAACCAAUUACGAGUAGACCAGCUAAUUCGGAGAGGUACCUGAUGUGUAGAGGCUACAAGGGUCAGCAGGAGUGUGCCAGUAUCAUUUCACACCUGGAGAGCACCUCGGAUAACCUCAGAAAUUUGAAUAAAAAUUCAGACGAUUUUCCACAACAAGACGUUUUGUCACUAGUUCCACACGAUCAGAUGUCAUCCGAGUUCGUUGACUACCUAACUAAAUCAAACAAUGAAAUCUUGGUUCAGCAGGUGGCAGCUCUGCGAAAAGUCAUUCAGUUUGUCAAGAAUCCAAAUUUGGUCGAGUCCAGACAAGAUGAAAUUAGGGACAAAUACUUGGAAAAGUGGAAAAUUCCUAGAACGGGACGCAAAGAGAGUGCAAGAGUGGGCCCAGUGAAAAAGUUUCAGGAGCUCUGUUCGGGUCAAAACAACCCAUUUUCUGGGUGUCCGAGCGAAGAUGUUUGCGUUAAACUGACAAAAGAUAACUUCAAGAGUUUUUUGGAUUCGAUCCACGAAUUUCGGUUUUCCUUCGUGGGGUCAUCGUUGGCGCGUGAGGUGUGGCUGAGUGAGGGUGGGUUUGUAGUGCAUCGGUCGACAGAUCUGGAACAUUGGUCACGUGUAGAAGGACAUUACAAAGUGGAACUGCCCAAAGAUACAAUAAUAGAAGUGGAGAAGCUACAAGAACACCGCGUCGAGCAGCCGAAUUCUAAAAGCGACAGACCCAGCAGCUGCAAAGCCAUACACAUCACAGAUGUGGUUGCAGUAGGUGGACAAACGGUGCAUAUCAAACCCUAUAAAGAACGUCUACACGUCGCAGAACAGUUAGUCCGAGCAGUUUCUAAACCCAGUCUACCUAACAGGUGCAAGCUACGAGUAAAAGAUCUAAUCAGAUUGGAACACCUGGAGGAUAAAUUGAAUUCUCUGCAGCGUCGGAAACUUACGGUGCCCUCGUCACGCACAGAACUGUGCGUUGAUGUGCCUGAUGGAUACUUUUACCAAUGUCACGGAAUUCGCAUUGUGCGAAUCUUGAAGAGUACAUACAACAUGAUCAUAUCGAAGUCGACAGGAAAGUUUUACUUUUUCGACAAGCGCACUGGCACUUCGCAAUACGAGUGGCCGAGCUCAGCUUCGUCUUCAUUUUGGGACUGUAAAGAGAAUUGUGCGAAAUGGGUUAAGGAACCAGGAGUUCAAUUUAGUCUCGAAGAGAUACACAGGGCUCCAGAUUUGCUUUCCAGAACAGAAUUACUAGAACAUAUACGACAAUUGAAACAUGAAAACAAAAACUCGCCCCCCAAAGCCACAAAAAACUGAUAAAGUUAUUUAUAACUUAUCAAUACCGAUUAGUAGAAAUUGUCUGAGUUUUGGGAAGGGUUAUAAUUAAAUGGACUCAGAAAUACAUGAAUGCAACUACUUUGGCCUUGGAGGCGGUUUUUUGAAAACAGUCAUGGCGCCGAUAAAUAAUUAGCCAAGAUAUAACGUGAGUGAUAUUAUCGUAAGUGUCAUUUGAACCAACAAAUGAGAAUUUUUGAAUGUCAUUUAAACCAUAUUGUGUUAUAUAAACAGAUAAGGCUGUGAUUUAAAUAAUGAGUUUCUUCAAAUCAUAAGAUAAUAAAAUCUUGAAGAUUU